CGCGGCGGCCAGGCUUGCGCGCGUCUCCCUGGGCUGACUCCCGGGCAGGAUGGAGUGGGUGUGGGCACUCGUGUUGCUGGCUACGCUGGGCAGCGGCCGGGCAGAGCGCGACUGCCGGGUGAGCAGUUUCCGAGUCAAGGAGAACUUCGACAAGGCUCGAUUCUCCGGGACCUGGUACGCCGUGGCCAAGAAGGACCCCGAGGGCCUCUUUCUGCAGGACAACAUCAUCACUGAGUUCUCCGUGGACCAGAAUGGCCAGAUGAGCGCCACAGCCAAGGGUCGAGUCCGACUUUUGAAUAGCUGGGAUGUGUGCGCAGACAUGGUGGGCACCUUCACCGACACAGACGACCCUGCUAAAUUCAAGAUGAAGUACUGGGGCGUUGCGUCCUUUCUCCAGAAAGGAAAUGACGACCACUGGAUUAUCGACACGGACUAUGACACCUACGCUGUGCAGUACUCCUGCCGCCUCCAAAACCUUGACGGCACCUGUGCCGACAGCUACUCCUUUAUAUUCUCCCGUGACCCCAAAGGCCUGCCCCCUGAAGUGCAGAGAAUCGUGCGGCGGAGGCAGGAAGAGCUGUGCCUGGCCAGGCAGUACAGGCUGAUUGCUCACAAUGGUCAUUGUAAUAGCAGAUCCGAAAAAACCCUUUUGUAGCAACAUCGAGGAUGUCAAGUUUCACCUAAAAACGUCCCACUCACUCUCAGCUGUCAAUUCUAUUUAUCUUAAUUUACGUUGGCCCUCUCUCUUCUCCUCCCCUCAGCAAACAUAAAACCUUCUUCUGUACACACAAAAAAAAUUUAUGUUUGUGGAAAUAAGUGGACCUGUUUGCACUCAAAUGUCUAUUGUUACUAGAGUUUUCUAAGGAAUCAUUUGAGGCUUAAGAUUCCAGAUUUUGAUUUAUUAAAACACAGUCAUCUGUUUCCU